CGUUCGUAUUCAGCCUCCAUUUUGUUAGCCACUUUCCUUUUCCCAAAAAAAUGUUUUACCUUCCCGACAGAAUAGUAAAUUCACUAAUCAUAGCAAUGACAGAAAUGGAUUCAAAUAAUCAAAAGGGUUGGUUAUAACGUAGCGGCUGUGCUACAACGGCGUUAAAUGAGUACGUUGGUGGGCUGUAGUUUAUAGUCUGCCCGGCCGGUUCGAUGCAAAGGUUUGGGAACACGCGCCAUUUUGUGAAAUAUACACAAAAAAGCCUUAAAGAGAACAGGGUCUUCAGGUUUGCAGUCGUCAUUUUUAAUCAUGAUUUGGAAGUAAUGCUACUCGUUACAAUUAAUGUCUCGAACAGCUAACAGUAUACAUGCCUAGCUGCAUCGAAAUGUUGGUUUCCCUAUGGUCAGACCGAAUACGUUUCCGCCGUUGACCGCGUUGGCGAGUUGACAGAGAGGCGCUGUUGAUUUGGAAAAAUAAUUGACAUCUAUUCAGAGGAGUGAGGGUUGUACGUUGGGAAAUCUGGGGGACUCUAUGGAGAAGAGACUGUAUCGCCGUAAGGCAUUGGGGAUUGUAAAUGAGGAUAUGUUUCUGGAAUAGGAAGACUGACAGCCAGCGACCAAGGAGAAGAGACUUCAGCAUGCAAACCUUCAUCUGUCCAGCUUGCUCCCUUGUUUUCGUUCCACGCUUCUGGGCUUCUGAUGGCUGCUCCCAUUCCCCAUUUGCACCAGCAGUACAGUGAGCAGCACCAACAGACUACUGACCCGUCUGUGCCGGCUCUGCCCCACAGCGGGCAGGCACAGCAGUCUAUUGCCAGCCAGGUGACCCCUGAUGUUGUCAUGUUACAGAGGCGCAUGCCACAGUGCUUUCGCGACCCGUCCUCGUCUCCCCUGAGGAAGCUCUCUAUUGACCUGAUCAAAACCUACAAAUGCAUCAAUGAGGUAUACUAUGCAAAAAAGAAGCGGAGACACCAACAUGUCCAGGGCGACGACUCCAGUCACAAGAAAGAGAGGAAGGUCUUCAACGACGGCUAUGAUGACGACAACUACGACUACAUCGUCAAAAACGGGGAGAAAUGGAUGGACCGCUACGAGAUCGACUCCUUGAUAGGCAAAGGCUCGUUUGGACAAGUUGUAAAGGCAUAUGACCGUGCAGAGCAGGAGUGGGUGGCAAUUAAGAUCAUCAAGAACAAGAAGGCUUUUCUUAAUCAAGCCCAGAUUGAAGUGCGGCUCCUCGAGCUCAUGAACAAACAUGACACGGAGAUGAAGUACUACAUAGUCUUUACUAUAGUAAUACCAGAAAGACCCCAAAACAUCUUGAUGGAAGUGUGCUACCUGCUAGCUACACAGGACCGCCCCGAUGUGUCUAAGUUGGUAGAGCAUGGCUUGCAGUGCCAGGGUUCUGGGUUCGAUUCCCACGGGGGACCAGUACGAAAAAGUAUUAACAUGUUUCACCUUAAGCGCCACUUCAUGUUCCGGAGCCACCUGUGCUUGGUGUUUGAGAUGCUCUCCUACAACCUGUACGACCUGCUGCGGAACACCAACUUCCGUGGCGUCUCACUCAACCUCACACGCAAGUUUGCCCAGCAAAUGUGCACAGCACUAUUGUUCCUGGCCACGCCCGAACUCAGCAUCAUCCACUGUGACCUGAAGCCCGAGAACAUCCUGUUGUGCAACCCCAAGAGGAGCGCCAUCAAGAUCGUGGAUUUUGGCAGCUCCUGCCAGCUGGGACAGAGGAUCUACCAGUACAUCCAGAGUCGCUUCUACCGCUCCCCAGAGGUGCUGCUGGGCAUGCCUUAUGACCUGGCCAUCGACAUGUGGUCCCUGGGCUGCAUUCUGGUGGAGAUGCACACCGGAGAGCCCCUCUUCAGUGGGGCCAAUGAGAUUGAUCAAAUUAACAAAAUAGUGGAAGUUCUGGGUGUCCCUCCCAAUUACAUAUUGGACCAGGCGCCCAAGGCCAGGAAGUUCUUUGAGAAGAUAUCGGACAGCACGUGGGGUGCAAAGAAGACCAAAGAUGGCAAAAGGUAUAAGCCGCCGGGCAUGCGGAAGCUGCACAGCAUCCUGGGUGUGGAGGCGGGGGGUCCUGGGGGGCGGCGGGCGGGUGAGUCUGGCCAUGCUGUCGCUGACUACUUGAAGUUCAAGGAUCUGAUCCUUCGGAUGCUGGACUACGACCCCAAGAGCCGCAUCCAGCCCUACUACGCCCUGCAGCACAGCUUCUUCAAGAAGACUGCGGAUGAGGGAACCAACACGAGCAGCAGCGUGUCCACCAGCCCUGCACUGGAGCAGUCCCAGUCCUCUGGAACCACCUCCAGCACCUCCUCCAGCUCAGGAGGGUCGUCUGGCACGAGCACCAGUGGGCGGGCGCGCUCGGACCCAACACAUCAGCACCGGCACAGCGGAGGUCACUUCAGUGCCGUGCAGGCCAUGGACUGCGAAAAUCUCUUCCGACAGGCGAGGCAGCCGCUCCCUCCCCCAGUUGGCUGGGCAGGUGGCAAAGGGGCGCAGACAGUGACAGUGGAGACCCACCCCGUCCAGGAAACCACCUUUCACGUGCCUCCCCAGGCGCCCAAGGCCAUCCACCCCUUGGCCCCCGGCAACAGCUCCUCCGCCCACCAUCACCACGGACACCAUCAACCCCACCACCCCCAUGGACAGCAGGGCCUGUUUGCGCGGUCCCACCUCUACCACUCCCCUAUCAACAGUGCCUCCACAGAGAACUCAGUGGAGGUGGUGCACGGCCACCUGUCUAUGACCUCCCUGUCUUCCUCCUCCUCCUCCACAUCUUCCUCCUCCACCGGGACCCAGGGGAACAAGGCUUACCAGCUGCGCCCGCUCCCUGCCAACGCAGCCGUGGACUUUGGCCAGAACGGCAGAAUGGGACUGGGUGCCUUCUCCAACCCCAGACAAGAGACUGGGAUGGCGGGCCACCCCACCUACCCCAUGGGCAUGAGACAAGGGAUAGACGGGGAGGAGUCGCCCAUGGCAGGAGUCUGUGUACAGCAGAGUUCUGUCGCCAGUUCGUGACUAAACUGAGAAUGUUUUUUUUUUGAAGGUGGUGAGUUUUUAUUUCAACAAAAAAAAGUGCGUAAAGAAUCAAAAAAGCUGCUUUAAACUAGAGGGGGAGAUUAUCACUUACACUCUACCACAGUGCAAAGCCCACCAUUUCUCCAACUCCUCCCCAUGUCACCCUUGGGUUUCUCUCUUCACUUUGGUUUCAAAUGGGAUUAUUCGCUCCACCAUUUUCAGUGUUCACAGGGAAUUAGAUUUUUACUGCAAAAGUUCUUGCAUAAUAUACUUCACAACAGUACUGAAACAUCCAUUCAUUUCACAUACAACUCUCACUCGACUGCAUGGUUUGCAUUAUUCCUUGUUCUUGUCAGCCGAGAGCUUAGAAGUCUGUGGAUAGAAAAUCACGUAGACAUUAUUUGUUAACGGCUAUUUAGUAAAGGAAUUGUUACAGCACCAUAACAUUUCCAGAAACUCCUAUCCACACAUUUGCACUUUUUUCCAUAUUCGGCAAGAAUAAUUUUCUCUGGAUUUAUAUUCUCAUUUGAAUUUUUCUGUUCUGUUGUACAAUCCCACCUGUGAGCUGUGAGACAUGAAGUGUAUGCUACAAAGCAGGAUCAAUGAGUUAGCUAACUUUUAUAAACAACCAGGUUGUUGUCAUUAGACCAUUUCCAUUUAAAGCUUCUUCUUUUUAUUUUUUUAAAUAAGUUAAUAUUUAGGCAUGUUGGCUGGCUAACUCAUUGAUCCUGCUUUGUAGUAUACCGGUCCAUAGAGUGGCAGAGGAUUGAAGCAUUAUACAGGGAGUUUCCAUCUCGCUGGGUUUGUUUCUUUGAGAGGAAUGUGGAUGCGCUGCGCGGGGGGCCAGCCAUGUACAGCUGUGCAGCAGAGUGCCAUGCUGGGAGGCCCCAGGCAAGUACAGGUGGGCCCUCCUAGCCCUCCCCUGGACUUGAAAAAGGCCACACUGAAGAGAUGUACUUAGGAGCAGUGGCCAGGGCCGAGCCACACAAAACCUACAGUACAGUUGUCCAGGCAGUGUCCGUUUUUUUAGAUAACUCUUUGGCCUUAUGUUUUUUUGGGACUCUCAAAUUAAGGGUGGGGGGUGGGGAAAGAAGCUGGACAUUAUUGUUUAAAUGAGAAAAUAGCUUUCUAUUUUUGAAGUUUGGGUAUAAAACAAACAAUUCUUAAAAAAGAAAAAGUAGAAAAAACGUGUUUUGAGAAUGGUAAUUUGAGGCCUUUAACUAAAACGUGUUUUGAGAAUGGUAAUUUGAGGCCUUUAACUAAAAUGUGUGACUUGCGAGGUCCAGUGAUUGCCGGGCCUUGUAUGUUCACAGAAGUAUUUUUGUUGCAAGAUGGAUGGAAUUGGCUAUGACUGUCCCUUCCAACUUUUUACCUGUUUUUUCAGCAUGUGGUUCCUCCAACAGAGCUUCUGCAAAAAUGU